GAGAGAGAGAGAGAGAGAGAGAGAGUUUAACUGUGGGGAGAAAGUGAGGUUGUUCUCUGUUCACCAUGGAUUUAUCACCUGGGGCUCUGAUCCUCUGCUCACUGUUAUGUUCAGUGGCUGGCCAGGCUCCUGUCGUCUCAGUGGAGCCCCAGGUUGCCACAGUGCGCCAGGGGGAGUCUGUCAGCUUCAGGUGCCAAGUGGGGAGCGGUGCACAGCCAGUCCAACUGGAGUGGAGGAGGCUCAAUAACCAAGCGUUACCAGACAAUGCUAAGGUUGGUCCUGAUUCCUCUGUGCUGACUGUUGCCAACUCCCGAGCUGCAAACCAGGGCCAGUACCGUUGUGUGGCGUCCAACUCCGCAGGCCGCGGCGUCGCCACAGUCGUGCUGAACGUCAAACACGCUCCUAAAGUGCGAUUGACACCCACUGGGCCCCUGCAUGUCAGGAUUGGUGACCCUGUGUCAAUUGGGUGUCGCGCCACAGGCAGGCCAGGCCCCAAGCUGAAGUGGAUACGCCAGGGCUCCACCCUGCAGCUGGUUACCGCGGAAUCAAAUAAUGUCAACACCAUACAGUGGGCUGCGGUGCGUCCAGAGGACUCAGGAGUUUAUAUUUGCCAGGCUGAGAACAAUGAAGGGGUGACAGAGGUCAAAGUUGAAGUCAUUGUUCAGGGGGGGCCGGGAGCACCAGUGGCCACAGUGAGCACUACAGAGAUGACGGUGGUGGAGGGACAUACAGUCACAAUGGAGUGUCAGGCCAGUGGUUCCCCUCCUCCUGUCAUCACCUGGUCCAAGCUCCGAGCUCCGUUGCCAUGGAAACACACAAUGGUUGGUGGUGUUUUGACGCUGACCAGUGUGGGGCGCCAAGACUCAGGACAAUACAUCUGCAACGCGACCAACAUGCAUGGCUACAGUGAGGCGUUCACGCAGAUGGAGGUGGACACUCCUCCGUAUGCCACCUCCCUGCCUGACCAGGUGCGACUCCAGCCGGGGGACUCCCUGCGCCUGCAGUGCCUCGCCCACGGCUCGCACCCCAUGCAGUUUGUGUGGAGCAGGGAGGGCCGGGCCAGCCUCCCCCCGGGAGCAGUGACCACAAAGGAUGGAAAUCUGCUGGUGGCCCACGUUAAACUGAGCGACGGCGGAACAUACAAAUGUGAGGCUACCAACCACAUCGGCUCCAGUGAGGCACUGGCCAAGGUCAUCGUAAAGGCUUAAUCCACUGUGGUCAAAUUGUCUGAUUGACAAAACCAUCAAUUCAUUGCAAUUUCUACAACCCUGGAUCCAUCACAUUGAAAAUGGUUUGAACACAGAAUUAUAUUUAUCGAUUCUCACACUUUGAUGAAUGAAGGUUGAAGACAGCAACAUGGUUUAGACGUUUGGUAUUAUUGUGCAUAUGAGUUAAUUUUAUACUUUUAUAAAAAAUGGAUGCUGUUGCUAUUGCUGCCUCUGUCACAUAUCAGAGAGCUUUUCUUUGGAAGCCUGUGUUGACGUCUGACAUGCUGCAGUGUCCGUGGGAGUGUUUCUGCUGGAAUGCCCCCCCGUCCUUCUCCCUUCAUGGCAUCUGCUGACUUUACGCUGUUUCACUGUUCAAAUUUGAAAGGAGGCCACAAGACAUACAAAAAUCUGAUAUAAUAAAAAGAAGUCUUUAUUGUGCCACUGAAUGCUAAAUCAAUAAAGUUGGAAAUAAUUUA